GCCAUUGCUGCGCUGCUGCUGUUGCUGAUAGCCGACGGCAAUGGCGCCCUCCUCCACUCCUCUGCCCGCGCCCCGUUGUCUUCUCCUCCUCCUCAUCCCCAUAUCUGUUUCCCGUUCCGCUCACAAAGCGGCGAGGCGCGGGGAGUUCAUCCAAGACCUACGGGGUGCGGCCGCACAAAUUUUACCGGCGGCGCAAGGGGAUUCCUUCGCCGUCCAAGACAGCGGACGCCACCCAGACAGAAUCGUGCAGCACUACAGGAACAGGAACAACGUUACAGCAUGCAGACAUGAUUAUCUGGGGGUAGCAGCUGGUGAUCCUCUGAUUUGCAUGUCCUUGUAAUCUCUGCACAAUUUUGAGUACUUCUGCACUUCAAAAUGGGGGUGGCGCCUUCUAAGGUUGAGGAUGAUAAGGCCCUUGUGUUAUGCCAGGAGAGGAAGCGUUUUGUCAAAGAAGCAAUUGAUGGAAGAUGCGCACUUGCAACUGCUCACUGUGAUUAUAUUCAGUCACUAAGAGAUACCGGCUUUUUGCUAAGGAAAUGUUUUGGACAUGAAACGACGAAAGAAUCUAUACCAAAUAGUAAAUCAUCAUCUUCUUUUCAUGUCAGCCAUAUGAAAGCUGCGAUGAAUUCCAUCAAAACUUAUCUAGAGAAGGUGGCAGUUCCUGUGACACUGACUAUGACCAGUGCCUCAUCUCAAGAUCCUACUGGUACUCCACCGAGGGACUAUUUUGACAACAUCCACCCUGGUGACAACCAGCUUUCAGUUGAAAACAAGAAUAAACCUGCUCACAAUUUUGACAAGUUCGAUGAUCUUACAUGCUUCCAAGAGGAGGCAAUCCCAGAGCUCGAAGAGGAAGGACAGAGGAUUCCUUCACAAGAGGAUGAUGAUUUUGCAGAAUCAAAAGAUAAUUUUGCAAAUGAGAAGGAAGAGGAUUUCACAGAAUCAAAAGAUGAUUUCAGCAGUCCAUCUGUUGAAACUCUGGUGCCAGUCUCAAACAACAAUGUCUCUGCUAAAAAUACUUCAAUGGAUAAGGUACCUGCACAUCAUGGUUAUGGAAGUGUAGCAUCAGAAGAUAUUGCUUUCUCAAAUACUGAUUACCAAAGUGAUAGGGCCAAAAAUGAGAGGAGAAUGUCUGACAUUCGCACCAGUGAAAAUGAUGGAAUUUCUGCAGUAGCCCCAGUUAAUGUGGUACCAUCUUCAGCUGCCCUUCCGAUGGGUUCAAAGGAACUGUAUCCUCGUUUAAGCAUAUCUGUGAAGGAUUUAUAUUCAGGCAUGGCAGAGAUUGAGAUAUUAUUUUCCAGAGCUUGCGAUUCUGGAAAAGAAGUCACAAGGGUUCUCGAUGAAGAUAAAUUACAGUUUCGUGCUUUACUACCUGAAGAAACAGCACAUGGAUCAAAGUCAUCAAGCUUUGUUGCAACAUUGUUUGCCUGCUGCACGGAGGAUGUCCCUCUCCCGGAAACUCCUUCUCAAGCUGAGGUAAAAUACCUUACCUGGCAUGGGUCAGUGUCUUCACAGUGGUCUCCAUCUAGAAAUCCUCUGGGGAAAAUUAGUGUCAUGCCUACCUCAACACUAGAUAAACUUUAUGCAUGGGAGGACAAGCUUUAUGAUGAAGUUAAGGUCAACAGUGCCAUAUGCAGGAGAUAUGAUGAGAAAUGCAAGCAACUAAGAUACCAGGAAUCAAGAGGGAAACAUCAAAUUCAUGUUGACUUUACCCGUGCUACUGUAAAGGAUUUGCACUCCAGAAUUCUAGUGGCUAUUCAAAAAAUAGAUUUCAUUUCUAAGAACAUAGAAGACAUAAGAGAUAAAGAGCUUCAGCCACAGCUGGAUGAACUAAUUGGAAGUUUAACCAGGAUGUGGGGAACAAUGCUUGAGUGCCAUCAGCUUCAACAUGCGAUCAUGAAAUUGUUAGCCAGCAAAUGCAACGUAAGAUUAUCAUUUCAGUCAGAGUCUCAAUGCCAAGAUGCCCUUCUCCUCUCAGCUAAGGUCAGUAAAUUAUGUAGAGACUUCCAACACUGGGUGGCAUCCCAGAAGGCUUUCCUAUCUAGCCUAAACUUAUGGCUGCACAAGUGCAUGAAACCACUGAAAAAGAGGAAGAGCUCCAGGAAGCAAAAUGCUGUUGACAUUUCUCUAACAGAGUGUGCUGUUGCACCAAUAUUUACAACUUGCGAAAUCUGGAUUAAAUUCAUUGACACUUUACCAACCAAUGAGUUGGUUAAGGCUAUUGAAGAUCUAAUCACAGAUUUAGGUCAUUCCUUUCCACACCAAGAGCAGUUACUAGAUGGUGAAACAGGAGGACAGAUCCUGAGAAAUAAUGCCCCUGCUGAUUUACAGUCGAGUCUCAUUGCAUUCUUAGCGAAGCUUGAAGCCUUUUCAGCAGUUUCACUGCAGAAGUAUGUUGAUCUGCAGAAAAACAUCGUCGAGGCAAAGGAGAGGUUUCCGAGAGAGGAUUAAAGCAUGAUUGCCAGUAUCUCAGAUGGACUCGUAGUAAUAUAAUCCCUGUUGAGUUGGAUGAGUAAAAUGUUCCAUAUGUAAAUUUCUGGUUUUGAUGAGAUUGUGUAUAAUCCGUUUGUCAGUUGGAGAGUAAGUGUAAUCUGUAGUAUGGCACUAAAGAUAGAAAAAUGAGAAGACAAGACGCCGUAAGAUGCUGAUAUGUACCUUUUAUAUUCACCAGAACAAUUCAGUGAUUUGUCAGUAUAGCGUUCAAAGCUAAAUCUACAAUCUUUUGUCCCUUUGAUCAUUUGAGGAUUGUACAAUGAGUUAAUAAAACACAGAUGAUGAUUAGUAUGAAGCCCUUAUGUAAGAAACAACUCCUCUAAGGUAACUUUUUGGGAUGAUAUCAUCAUCAAUGUAGGGAAAAGAUUAUCUGUCAAAUGGGUUGAGACUACCUGUUCC